GAUGUGGUGGUGUCACUUCCUCUUGGAGUCACACCACGUUCACGCCGUUGGUGCAAGGACCAUCUGGAGCAAACUCAGCAGGACCCUUGCAGGCCUGUAUUCCUGAUGCAAUUCCCAGGAUGGAAUUUGACAGCGAGACCACCCUGGUCCCUUGUGGGCAAGACAAAUUCAUCUCAAAGAAUGAACUCCUGUUGCACUUGAAGACGUACAACCUUUACUACGAAGGUCAAAACUUGCAGCUUCGGCAUCGAGAGGAAGAAGGCGAGUUCAUCGUGGAAGGGUCUCUGAACAUCUCCUGGGGUCUCUGCCGGCCCAUCCGCCUGCAGAUGCAGGACGACAACCAGCGCCUGCGCCCACCUCCUUCCUCCUCCUCCUGGCACUCUGGCUGCAACCUGGGCGCCCAUGGGUCUGUCCUUAAGCCUACGACGUUGCCUGAUAUUCAGGUCACGGAGGCCGAGCCCACAUCCGAAGGGGACUCGACGGAGGAGAAAGCAGAGGAUAACGAGUUCAAAGAUCAAUUAGAAGAGACGCCCCAACUCAUGCGGACACGGAGCGACGUGGGUGUGCGCCGCAGAGGGAACCUUCGCACCCCCAGUGACCAGCGGCGGAUCAAGCGCCACCGCUUCUCCAUCAAUGGGCAUUUCUACAAUCACAAAACGUCCGUGUUCACCCCAGCCUACGGCUCCGUCACCAAUGUUCGGAUCAACAGCACCAUGACUACACCACAAGUGCUGAAGCUGCUACUCAACAAGUUUAAGAUUGAAAACUCAGCGGAAGAAUUUGCUUUGUACAUUGUACACACCAGUGGAGAGAAGCAGAAGCUCAAGGGCACAGAUUACCCACUGAUUGCCCGCAUUCUGCAGGGGCCGUGUGAACAGGUCUCCAAGGUCUUUUUGAUGGAGAAGGACCAGGUGGAAGAAGUCACCUAUGACGUUGCUCAAUAUAUUAAAUUUGAAAUGCCUGUUCUAAAGAGCUUUAUCCAAAAACUUGAAGAGGAGGAAGACCGGGAAGUGAAAAAACUAAAGCACAAGUAUUCGGUGCUACGUGUAAUGAUUGAGCAAAGAUUAGAAGAAAUCUGCGAAGGUCCAGCAACAAUGUAAAGACUUGGUUUGAAAGACUGCAGCCUUCUGGGGCUUCCCGGUUCCCAGCCAGGCAUCCUGGAUACAGAUUUCCUAGGGAAGACUCCUUCACUUGCUCUUAGCAACACAAAUGUCUCUUCUUCCAGGACUUGAAUGAGAGCAGCUUUGAGCACCAACCAUAUUUGCUCCUUCCCCGUUUAACAAUGGUGAACUGGGUGGAGAAUCUGGGAAGACGGGGAGGAUAUCCCUCAGCACCAAGUGUUGAAAACAGGACAACAUCUCAAUGUCUUUUGGAGCUGAUGCUGGUAUUGGAUGACCGUCCUUGGAACCAGAGCUUGCUGGAUGAGAAGCCUCCAGAAGUCAUCCAGAAGUUUCUUCACACAUCACAGUUCUCAAACCCUUUUAAACAAUUAUCCAGGAUGGGGGGAAGGGUGGUUUUGGGAGGGUGAGGAAAAAAAGAGAUGCUUAAUGGAAAACUGAGUUUUCCCUUCCCUUGACUUCUGCGGCUAAGCAGUACUAAACAUGGACAUUUAGUGGAGUCAAAGGAUUAAAAUGCUUUGAAUUCUUCACCUUGGUCUAUCCCUCCUCACCCUACCCUCCAUGUCUGGCCUCUGGGAUCAUCUCCCCCUCCCACCAUGCUCAUUGCCAUGUUUGUAAUGGCUAUGUUGGCACAACUCCUGACCUUGACCCAGAAGACUUCUUGGGUCUUCUUCUGAACUGAGCCUUGCCUUCUCUCCAGCUGUCCUGCCUUGGUACCCAACUUCUUUAAAGCAACCUGAAGAGAUGAAGUUGCCUGCUCAACAUAGGAAAUCUGCUCAGUUUGUUUGGUUCAUCAGUCAAGAGUACCCAGAUGGGCACAGGAUGUAGAGCCUUCAGAAAUCAAAAAUAGCAACAGCAAUAGACUUAUAUGCUGCUUCACAGUGCUUUUGCAGCUGUCUCUAAACAGUUUACAAAGUCAGCAUCUUGCCUCCAAUGACCUCAUUUUACCCACCUCAGAAAGACAGAAGGCUGAGUCAAAAAUACUUCCUUGCCCUUCCUUUUUGCCUCUACCUUUCUCCAAGCAACUGCUUCUUCUCUUCACAUUCACCUGCUAUUCCCUAAUACUUCGAUGUGAUAUGGUACUCAUUUUGUCCCUGGUUUGUGAAUUCCUUGACUGGGGGUGGUGGGGGCUGCUGGCAGCUGGGGCUCAGGAACUUUUGACCCUUUGCAAGACCUUUCUUCCAGGGGGCUUCUGGCCAGACCACCCUGCUUUCUGCAGCCUGCUUCUCAUAAACCCCAAAGUUGUGUGGUAGCAUCUCGGACCCAGCAGGGUUCAUGCAAGGCCCUUGGAGGCCCUUAAGUCCCUGCUGACUUUGGUCAGGCUAUGGAUACUCUCUGCCUCCACAGGCUGUGAAAACUGCUAGCAAGGACAACGAUGUGGCAUAAUAGUUAAGUAAGCAAGCAUGCUUGCUCCAGGCCUUUCGAAAAUGUCCCUUCCACCUUAAAUACAACGUAUGGGUUAUUCUCAGGAACUCCACAGUUCUGCACAGUGUCACAAAAUUUCGAUCUAGGCUAACGAGUUAGAUUGCUUGUGAGAACCCAGCCACUGUCUUGCAAGUGAAACCAUGGCCUCUUCACCACAAGAUGGUUUAUAUUUGGGGCAUUGCAUGAGAUAGGGACCUAAUUUGACCAAAUGAUUUGGAUUAACCUAUGUGAACAUAGGAUGCCAUUUCCAUUGAGUUACACCGCAGAUGUUUGGAGGAGAUCCUCAGCGCUGACUGGCAGCAACCUCCCCACAGAGCUGGACUCUUUCAGAUCCACCUGGAGACCCCCACGGAUUGACCCCAGGAUCUUCUCUUUGCAAAGCAGAUGGAAUUAGUGGUGGACACGGUGGAUGAGAUAGAGAGUAGAAUGUUGCGAUCCAAUAGUGCAUCAAUUUUAUAAAGGCCAUAUAGAUCACAGGAAAUGGGGGGGGGAAUUAGAUAGGCAACUCCCAUUAAUUGAUCAUUAAAAAGAUAGCUGAUUGGAGUUAAAAUGAUGAGCUAUAAUAGGUAGCCAAACAACAGAGGCUGUAGAAACCAUAUCACUCUUUCUCACCCAUGUUUUUGGGACUUCGCUUGGGUCUUCAAGGAGAUCUGAGUUAGCCUUGCCACCUGGCGUCAAUCCCAAGAAAAAGUUGAUCAAGAGCAUUAUUUUAAAAGCCAUUUCCCUGGGUUACUCCCACGGCUAUUGCAACAGUCUCCAUAGAAUACUACAGUUGCAUCCUCAGGGUAGUAAUGAAAAGGAGGAAGGCCUGCUGCCAUCUUUUUCUGAGAAGCUCUUUUGGGAGAUAGGAAGAGCGUAGUUUGGGGCAGAGAAGGGAAGAAGAGAAGGUUUCUCUUAUUUGCUACUUUCUCUGACAUUCCCCCCCCACCCCACCCCUUUUAAGGACAGGAGAGGGUGAAGACUUAGGGGUGAAUUCAGGGUUUCAUCCAGAAGGCUGCUGGAGAAAAAAAGGAAUUGGAGGAAAAGCGGAUGAGGAAGGGCGUUCCUCCCUCUCUUCUCCCUUCUCACCCACUUUGGACCAGCCAAACUUUGUUUCUCCUAUUUACAAGGAGAAUCCCAGCUUCAGUUUGAGAGAAAGUCUCCUGCAGACGCCUUUCCCCAUUUAAACCAGUUCUUUUCAAACUUGGCAACUCUUAAGACCUUUGGACUUCUACUCCUAGGAAUGGCUGGCCAGGAGAUGUUGGGAAUUGAAGUCCACAGCUCUUCAAUUUGCCAAGUUUGGGGUGGUGGUGGGAAUGGCUUAGUCCAGUGAUGGCGAAGUGCACGCUCGUCUGCGGCGCAACCCGGAAGAGGAGCUUCCCGGGGGGCAUGGGCGCACUGGGAAAUGAACUUCUGGGUUUCUGGCACGCAUGCGCACACGACGGUCAGCUGGCCAGUCUGCAGGCUGAUUCUGGAAAAUGGAAGACCAGCUCUUCCAGUUUCCGGCACUCACGAAGGCCAGCUGAACGUUUGCGCGCAUGCACGCGAGAAACCCAACACAGGAACGGGUGAUGGUGCGCAUGGCUCCACGUGCCAUUUUGGGCACACGUGCCAUAGGUUAGCCAUCAUGGGUUUAGUCCAUUCUUCUGGAGUGAAUCUUGCUGAAAGGAGUGACAUUUAUUUUUAAGGACUGUAAUAUUAAUCAGGAUAAAUUUACUAGGAAAUUUAUCCAAGGGCUCUGUGGUGUGUGUGUGUGGGGAGGUAUUUUAAAAAAAAGGCACAAUGGUGAAGCUUCAAUUUUUUGUAACUCCACCCUCCUAAAUCCCCACUGAAGCCACGAGACCCUUGCCCAGAUAGUAAAGGCCCUGGGAGCUGCAUGUUUGUGUUUCUACUAGCUCACCUUCUAAUACCACUUUACUCCUAAAUUGCACUAGACUGUGGAAACUUUGGGAAAACCCCAAUCUUUUCUAUCUAUUUCUCCUCUAACUUCGUCUCCUCACAUCACUACUCUUAAAUUUAACUAGAUCGAUUGUGAAAUGUCUGGAAACCUCCAAGAUUGAUAAACCUUGUGAAAUUUAACAGUACUGAUGUUAGGAGUAAAGUGAUAUAGAUAUAUAUGCCAAAUAUCACAUGCACAGGAAAGU